AUGAGGGACCGUCUGGCCGAGCUGACAUCGCGCACUCAGAACGAAGAUGGAGAAGCCACAGUUGUCGUCGAAAGCGACCAUUACAUGGAAGACUUCUUCCUACAGGUUGAGGAAGUUCGGAAGUAUAUCUCAAAAAUCUCAGAUGUUGUAGAAGAAGUGAGGAAGAAACACAGUGUUAUCCUCUCGGCCACGCAUCCAAAAGAUAAAACGAAGGAAGAGCUCGAAGAACUGAACAAAGAAAUCAGAAAAACAGCCAAUAUCAUCCGCGCUAAAUUGAAAUCCAUGGAACAAAAUUUAGUUCGAGAAGAGAACAUCAAUCAAACUUCAGCGGAUGUCCGAAUACGAAAAUCACAGCAUUCGGUGUUGACCCGGAAGUUUGUGGACGUGAUGACGAUGUAUAACGGAACUCAAACCGUCUUCCGGGAACGUACGAAAGACCAGAUACGGCGUCAGUUGGAAAUAACUGGCAAAACCACCACGGACGAAGAACUGGAAGACAUGUUGGAAAGCGGCAAUCUUUCUAUUUUCACUUCGGACAUCAUUUUGGAUACCAAACUGACCAGAGCAGCCCUUGAUGAAAUCGAGUCGCGUCAUAAAGAUAUUAUAAAACUGGAAUCGAGCAUACAGGAAUUGCACGAAAUGUUCAUGGACAUGGCGAUGCUGGUGGAAGUUCAGGGCGAAAUGGUCAACAGCAUCGAGAAGAACGUGAUGAACGCGGUGGACUACGUAGAACACGCCAAGGAGGAGACCAAGAAGGCCGUCAAAUAUCAAAGUAAAGCUCGUAGAAAACUGAUGUUCAUGCUAAUUUGUGUCACUCUCUUGACUGUUAUCCUUGGAAUUAUCCUAGCUGCACACUUCUCCUAACCUUCAUUUGGAGGUUGGGAAUCUCCUGAAACGCUUCCAAGUUCUCAUCAAGAUGCCUUUUUCUUGCCAUAACGAGGAUUUUCUGUUUUCCAAGAUGGCAAAAAAAAAAAAAAAAUUAAGUAGUUGUUUAAGGAUCUUGUAGGACUCUUUUAAAGUUUUGAUAUCUGCAGACCUGAACCAAACAUAAAAGAAGCUGGAACACCCUCUGAUGUGGACUCAUUUAAAGGCUGCUUUAAUUACAUACAUGCAAAUGUAUAUGAUGAGUUGCAAAACUCCCAGCACAUCAGUGUUACCAGUUGGGAAUGGGUAGAUUCAUCACCCAGAAACCAGAGGUCUUGAAAUUUGUAUUGUUUGAAACUAAAGCAGCCCUAUUUGCGAUUUGACUGUAGUCCUAAAUGCUAUGUUUCAGAGGUUACGUUUCACGAUAAUGAUUGCAUUUUAUUUUUAAGCAAAGGCGGUUGAGAUUGCAUAGAAUUGCUUUCUCUUCUCUCCGUUUUUCAUGUGUUUUUAAAUCAUCUUAAAACCACUGCAUAAUAAACAAAAUGUUUUUUAAUGUUUUAAUCGCUUCAAGGCCACAGAGUGGGAAUCUUAAGUGCCUCCUUUUUUUUAAACGGGCGAAUCUGCAAACUGUUUUUGAGAAGCGUCAGCACUCUUGUUAAAUAAUGUGAUUUUACUGGUGGUCCUAGACUGACCUGGUUCACACAUAAAGCUGGCUGGGGCAAAAUCAGGGCUGGAAUUCGGUCUUCAUAACUCAACUGUCCUCUGACUGAGCAAAAACAUUGUUUCUUUUUAUACAGAAGGUAGUUUGGCAUUACAUUUGAGCCAGCGAUCCUAGUUUAGGAUCUUAAACAGAGUAACAAACUAGCCCAGGGCUUGAAAUUGACACGACUUGACAUUGACUGAAAGUGAGUUUGAAACCAUUUUGUCCGCUGAAGUUCACAGUAAGCCAGUUUAGUUGCGUCAUGAAAUGAAAUUAACCUUGACUUGUGAGCCUUCAGAGGACAAAGAAAGCGUGGAAGAUUCCAAUUCUCAGCUCUGUGCAAAGCUAACACUAAACCCAGCUUUAGUGUCACGUGUGAACCGAAGCCUUCCUUGCCUUAAAGAUGUAUUUCACUGUGAAGUUUAUUAAGCUAUUUUGCUUUGUUUUAAUUUCAGAUUAUUUCUUUCUAAACACUCAGAAAGCAUGGCGUUGUUGAGAUGGGGGUGGGGGGGAGAUUUGCACCUGAUUUUUAGGCUGCCUUUGAGAAUGGCCUUUGUUGCAUCUUUGAACCCCUUCAGUCAAAGAACUUGAGGAAGACCUGUUUUGUGUGAAACAGUCCUCAUGUGUGUGGUGAGUUUGCAAAGCUGCUUCUUGCAACUUUCCAUCAAUUUAGCAAGAAGCAGCUGCCGAAAAUGAAUUUUUAGGUUGCACACACAGAAGUCUAAUAAGGGAGAGUGAAGAUGCCUUCAAGUUGAAUUUUAGGAAGGGGCUUACUUACUAAUGGAGUAAAAUUGGGAUUGCAUUAUAGAUUUGUCCAAAGCGCAUUCAGUCCUUACGUUCUUGUUGCCAACUAGUUGAGGAAUUAUGACAAACAAAAGCCUUUGGUCAUUAUCUUUUUAAGGCUUUCGUCUUAAAACAAACCCUUAUUUUGUCAGGAGAGGUGACUCCAAAAGUUGAUGUGGUUUGUGUUGUGAUCUCAGUUUAUUGGUGGUUAGUUGCACUGAAGUCCCGCAAAUGUUUCAUGGGGUGUGGGUGACAUAUUUCCCUCUAGAUCUGAACCUGAAAUGUCCAGCUGUUAAGAAUUUUUAAACAAGUUGUGUCUUAACCUUGCUUUACUUUUUCUUUUUUUGUAUGGUAUUCCUGUAAAUAUAUGUACAUGCAACUGUGUUUUGCUUUCUUAUUGUUAAAAUAUAUAUGUAGCUAUUUAUGCUCAGAACGAAAUAAACUGUGA